CUACGCCACCAUCUCCAACAAUGUCGGUAGCGCGGCGAGUUGCUCGUUUCUCAGGGCUCUCGGCAAGUGCAGAGGCAGUGGUGGCACGGCGAUGCUUCGCCUGGCCCUCUGAAGCAUCCAGCACGUCCACCUGCAGCCCUGCGGUGCGCAUCGCUCCUCCUGCGGUCAUGUUUCCGUCGAUCGGUCUCAGCAAGGAGGUCGACCGGUCUGCUGGCGUCAUGGAGAGCAGCUGCAAGGCCUUCUUCACGACAGUCAUCCCUGCAAAAUAUCCAAGUAAGCAAGAACACGCCGCGCACAAGAAAUGCACGGAGUCAUCGUGUGUGUUUGAGCAUUUAGAGGGUUACGAGCCUCCCAAGAAGACGACAGUGUCGCCGAUCUCGUCAGUGGCGGGAGACGUUGAUGACGCGAAGGCAGUCAAGAAGACGGGCAUCAAGAUCCCCACCAAGCGGGCGGUGCAGAUGGCGCGCAAAGAGAAGACCGACAAGGUGUGGCUGGGCAGCCAAAACGCCACAUACUGACUGACUGACUGACUGGCUGACUGACCUGCCCGCAUCACACCCACCCUCAUCCGCACGCGCCACUGGUCUCUGUCACUUCGUGUGUUUGGGAAGAUUGAGGGCGUCCUCUGUGUGUGGGCGGCUGCCAAGCAGCUCCCUUGCCUGAGGGGAUGGCCAUGCAGUUUUGCACCCGUGUGAGACGGUGACGGUGUGCUGUCACCAUUUCACCGUGCGUGUUACUUACAUAGAUGUGUGUCCACUUACUUGUGCUGACUGUUUUGGAUGGUAAGAAAGACUACACGGCAUGGCAUGCAGCUUUUGCACCAACCGUACGCCCGACGGACAUGUAUACGCACCACCCACCCCUGUUGUCAUUACCCACUUGCCUUGCCCCCUCAUCCAUCCACGUUGCUGCAGUGCUGCAGACACACAUAUGCGUAGUGGGCUGUGUUGUCCAACUCACCCAAUGACUCGUGUGUCCGUUUUACAUCUGUGGGAGAGGUCAUGAGGAGGACAAGCUUUUUCGCGUCUACUGACAGCGUGCCUCGCUCAUCUCCUCGUCCGUCCUGUCUGGGCAUGUGGAUGGCGGGCUUAGCAUUUUGGUAGUAGAUGGAACAUACGUGUGAGAGAUCGUUUCAAAGCUGCUGCAUCCAUCCAUCGAUUCGAUGCACUGAGUGGCAGUCAGUGGGAUGGAGGAAGGGGACAGGGCAGUUCACAGCCUGCAGUGGGUGUGUUAUCCAGUUCCAUAUGCGUAUGCUCUUCUUGGCGCUGUGCUUGCCAAGACGGACCGUCGCUCAUCCAUGUCAUCGAUGUGACGGCCCAUGGCGGGCAUGGCUGAGGAUGGCUUGCGUGCUGUGGAUUCCUAUGGGUGAAAAUUUCACACGACAUUUGGAUCGAUGGAUGGAAUGACGAG